AUGAUGACUGGAUACGGUUAUAACUCAAACCUGGUUCAGCAACCACCAGUUCUUCAAGGAGUCGACGACACCUGGGGACAAGUCGCAGGACAAUCGCAGUACUAUCAGUCGGAAAGUGGUGCCACCGGACUAUCUAAUCCCAUGUUUUACGGGUCUAUGGGAGGAUGGUAUCAACCACCGCCAAACUUAAACUUUGAUGGAGUCACUGAAGACGUUGGACCAACACCAGCGCCACCAGUAGCACCACCACUCCAACACCACCACAUCACCAUGAUGCCUCCUCCCGGUUUGGCACCACCGCCACAGCCGAGAGUUUCGAUUUCGGACGAGGAACUGUACCAGGCGUUAAAUAUGUCACCGCUUCCGUUGAUUUCUACUGGAUAUCAUGCUCAGCAUCAGCAGCAAAAACAGCCACAUAGCCAGGCAAUGUUGUCACAGCUUCAAUCACAUCCACAGCUAGACUAUCUUUCGUCCGAAGUCUGCUUCCCAUCUUCUUCAACGUUUGACUCUUCAGGAUAUAAUAAUCUCAGCUUUUUGGGACCCAUCUCAACACUUCAAGGGGAAGACCAUCAUAAUUACCAACAUGGCAACGAUGGUGAUGACGAAGAAUCGUUUGGAGAUCCUGAUAGAUUUGAAACAAUGUCUCCAACGUUUUCAUUUCAUUCUUGUGCUCAAACAGCAUCCACCAAUAACGCUGAGGAUUUGGAGGUUGAACUGAUCAACAACCACAAGCCGACGCCGCGCUACCAGAUCACUGAUGAUAUCGACAUGUUCCUCCAUACCGGCACUACUGACACAACGGAAUACCAAGACGACAGUGAUUCGAGGCCGACUACUACAUUUUCCCAUCGCAGCCAAAAAGCAUCAUCUCCACCGUCAUCGCGUCCGGCGUACGCGCAGAAGCUCACCGCUGCCAGAGCUCAAAAGUCAUCGGAGUCGCAACACCAGCCACAGAACACUUCUAACAUUCUGUCGCCAGUGUCGAAGACAUCACCACUCUACUUGCAGACUAAUUCUCAGGAUCCAGCUGGAUUUACGCCUCUGCUCACCCCCAACUCGGACGCACUUCUCCAGAAGAAAUUGAGUGAGGUUGUCCACAAACCACCCACCCGAGCCAUUGGUGUAAACGCGUAUCCGGCAUUCCCCUCACACCUUGGUUUCCAAGAAAACCAAAACUACGGCUCAGCUUUCGUCGACUACGCACCACAGUCAUCGUCGGCUAUCGCCCAACCAGAGUCGGAGUUCUAUCCAGAUAGCAGUCUGAACACUCGAUUCGAUUACGAUACCGAUCGAGACUUGCUCCCACUUCUCCUUGACACCUUCAAGCCACUCCCACCACCUGAAAUUUCAACUGUCCCUGUCAUCGUUCCAGUCACUGUACCGGAACGUCUAACCUCUACAAAGAAGAUCCCAGCACCUUCAGCACCGAUAAAGGUCCCUCGUCUUUCUGACCAAGAACUCGAGUCGGAGAGUCAGAAGCUUGCCUUGGACGUCAUCUCCAAUUUGUUCACCAACAGAAAGGAGAUCAUUAAUCGUGCGGAAAAGAUCUACGCCCCCAAGAAGCCAGUAGCCAGAAACUUGUUUUGUCUCGAUCAGGAAAGUUUGGAUAAAGCGAAAUCACAAGAGCCAAUCACGAUGAGCGUAUUGGACGACUGGGAGACUGCCGAUGAUGAUGAUUUGACAGUUCGUAUGGAAAAUCUGCUCAAAGACAAAAAGAAAGAGGAAGUCAAGAAAGCCGCCAUGACCAAGACUCCGCUGUCGCAGUCGCCAAGAAUCACUGAUUGGGAUUCAACAUUCCUACCGCAUGUACUGGAAAUUUAUGGAGUUCCAGACUACAAAAUGCAAGAAGAUGUCGUUAAAGCAAUGGAGACUAGCGGAAAUGGAGACUGCAAAGUGAUGUGGAUGGAGCGAAAAGUUGUUUUUGCGGUUUUUGAAAGUGUGAACCGGGCCAAAAACUGUUUGGCGCUUUCGAAGCACGACUGGCUCCGAUUCAGAAGUCUUGCGGAUUCUCCAAAGACGGUUCAGGACUCUGCGAAGCAGCAUGCAUCUAGUCUCGGGAUUCCAAAGAAGAAACAGCAAACCACUGCCACCGUCGCACGUCGUAUGGUCGAAAAUGCUCUUGGCAAAAAAGCUACAGUAUCCACUGAGAAGCGACAAGAAGAGCGAAACCAGCUUGCAGCGGCCAAGGCAGCCAAGAAAAGCUCUAUCCAAUGGGAUUAG